AUGCUACGUCGCACGGUGUCAUUGGCUUUCGCGUAUGUGAAGUGCCCACCCAUCGUGAAUGAGCCGAUGGACGCAUUUGAGCCGGGAAGUCCUUCCGCAAAGGGCACCCUGGAGGCCUGCAUGCGUCUGCGCCACAGCGUCGCGGACUGCCCGAUUGUGAUUGGUGGGAAAAAAUACCACACAGAAAGCGUUAUUCGUCGCAUGAUUCCGUCUAGCCACGAGCAACAACUUGCAGUGUCAUACAAUGCUACACCAGAGUUGGCGCAGAAGGCCAUUAACACCGCACUGGAGGCGUCACGUGAGUGGAGCCAAACACCCUUCAGAGAGCGGGCCGCCAUCUUCCUUCAUGCGGCCCACCUUAUUUCGACUAAGUAUCGCCAUGAACUGCGAGCAGCGACAAUGCUGGGACAGAGCAAGAAUCCUUUUCAGGCAGAGAUCGACGUGAUCGCCGAGGCGUGUGACUUUCUACGUUUCUCAGUGAAGUAUGCAGAGGAUUUGUACCGCGAUCAGCCGCUCUCCCCAAGCAGUGGUGCCAUUUGGAACUCACUUGACUACCGCCCUCUUGAGGGCUUUGUCUCAUCCAUCGCACCAUUUAACUUUUCUGCCAUCGCCGUGAACCUUGUUGCCUGCCCUGCGUUGAUGGGUAACGUUGUGCUGUGGAAGCCAUCGCCGAACGCGGUGUUUUCCAAUUAUUUGCUGUUUAAGGUCUUUGAGGAGGCGGGUCUGCCCGCGGGGGUGGUAAACUUCCUGCCAUGCCAGCCAGACGUCAUGAGUAAGGUAGUUAACGCCCAUCAAGACCUGGCCGGCGUCGCCUUCACCGGUUCCACAAAGGUGUACAUGGAGAUUAACAAGCAAAUAUACGCCAACUUGGAAGAGUACCGCAAUAUCCCGCGCAUCAGUGGCGAGUCGGGCGGAAAAGACUUCCAUCUGAUUCAUCCAAGUGCCGAUUUGAAGCUUGCGGCCGCUGUGACGAUACGUGGCGCGUUUGAGUACCAGGGUCAGAAAUGCAGCGCCACCUCUCGUCUGUAUGCCCCAAAAAGUAAAUGGGGUGAGCUGAAGAGGUAUCUGCUUGCCGCCCACCAACAGCUCAAGAUGGGUCAGCCAGAUGAUUUUAAGAGCUUCAUGUGUGCAGUUAUUGAUGAAGCUGCCUUUGAACGCAAUAAAAAAUAUAUCGACAUUGCCGCCGCGGAUGCAUCCACGUAUUCUAUUAUUGCUGGUGGUGCAUGCGAUAGGGCAGAGGGUUGGUUUGUGCAGCCGACAAUCAUUGAGUCAAAGGACAGUCAGUCGCAGCUGAUGCGAGAAGAGAUCUUUGGACCCAUCUUGACAGUCUACGUGUAUGAUGACAGCAAACCAGGGUUCUGGGCUGAGGUGUGUGAGGUCGUUAACCGCACCACAAAGUAUGGACUCACUGGCAGCAUUUUUGCCCAGGACCGGCAGGCGAUCCGUGAUGCGACGCAAAAGCAUCUCCGCUACGCUGCGGGCAAUUACUACAUCAACGACAAGUGCACCGGGGCGGUCGUGGGCCAGCAGCCUUUUGGUGGUGCGCGUGCGAGUGGUUCAAACGACAAGCCCGGCAGUCCUCUCUUUUUGACUCGAUGGGUGUCGGCACGCACCAUCAAGGAAAACUUUGAUCACAGCUCGCAGGUCUCGUAUCCGCACCAAUUCCCAGACCAAGUUGUUGUUUAG